AUGAUAGCUGCACCAGAAAUCCAAACAGACUUCAGUCUCCUCCAGCCUCUGGAUCCUUCAAUUCAUGAUAUGGGCCCACUUUCCUGCAAUCCACCACCCAGGGACCCAGAAACCCAUUUCUCAUCUGACACGGACUUUGAUGACACUGAAGGUAAAGCCCCAAAACAAGGCAAAGGAAAGAAAGGAAAAAAAAAUGCCACUGAAAAAGGGAAAGGUUCUUUGAGACCUGGUGGCCCCAAUUGGAUGAAUGGUCAUCACCAACAAAAUGGUGUGGAGAACAUGAUGCUCUUUGAAGUGGUUAAGAUGGGCAAAAGUGCAAUGCAGUCUGUAGUGGAUGACUGGAUAGAAGCAUAUAAACACAACAGAGAUGUAGCACUUCUUGAUCUCAUAAACUUUUUCAUUCAGUGCUCUGGAUGCAAAGGUGUUGUUACUGGAGACAUGUUCCGUCACAUGCAAAAUUCAGAAAUAAUCAGAAGAAUGACGGAAGAAUUUGAUGAGGAUAGUGGAGAUUACCCAUUGACAAUGGCUGGUCCACAGUGGAAGAAAUUUAAAUACAGUUUUUGUGAGUUCAUUGGUGUUUUAGUUCGCCAGUGUCAAUACAGUAUCAUAUAUGAUGAGUACAUGAUGGACACCGUAAUCUCUCUUCUAACUGGACUUUCUGAUUCCCAAGUUCGAGCAUUUCGCCAUACAAGUACAUUAGCAGCAAUGAAGCUAAUGACAGCCUUGGUUAAUGUCGCCCUGAACUUGAGUAUCAACAUGGACAAUACGCAAAGGCAGUAUGAGGCAGAGAGAAACAAGAUGAUUGGAAAAAGGGCCAAUGACAGACUGGAACUUUUACUACAGAAGAGAAAGGAGUUACAAGAGAACCAGGACGAGAUAGAAAACAUGAUGAAUGCAAUUUUCAAAGGAGUGUUUGUACAUAGAUAUCGAGAUGCAAUAGCUGAAAUUAGAGCUAUAUGCAUAGAAGAGAUUGGUGUUUGGAUGAAAAUGUAUAGUGAUGCCUUCUUAAAUGACAGCUAUUUAAAAUAUGUUGGUUGGACAAUGCAUGAUAAGCAAGGAGAAGUUCGGUUGAAAUGCCUUACAGCACUGCAAGGCCUUUAUUACAACAGAGAGCUAAACUCCAAACUAGAGCUGUUCACUAGUCGCUUCAAGGAUAGAAUUGUAUCAAUGACUCUUGAUAAGGAAUAUGAUGUUGCAGUGCAAGCAAUAAAGCUCUUGACGCUGGUUUUACAAAGUAGUGAUGAAGUUCUUACUGCUGAGGACUGUGAGAAUGUUUACCACCUGGUUUAUUUCUGCACACCGACCAGUAGCUGUUGCAGCAGGGGAAUUUCUGUACAAAAAGUAAGUUAA